UCCAAUUUCAUAUUCUCCAUACCAAAACAGUUUAUAAGUAUACCCAGUACUCACAAGAUUGCCUUUCGAUAAAAAUAUAGGCUCGAAUUAUGACUUAUGAGUCAUCAAAAAAGCACUUUCACAAAUAAUAGCGCGAUGUCAACAAUGACGGACCCUUACGGCACAACGGGGACCCUAUCACUCAAAUGGGACCCCAAGAACCUGGAGAUACGCACCAUGUCGGUGGAGCGGACCCUCGAGCCGCUGGUGCUGCAAGUCACAACCCUGGUGAACAGCAAGGACAAGACGGCCAAGAAGAAACGACCGGGUAAAUCGAAACGCGCCAGCGCCCUCGUGGCCACCGUCGAGCGGGCGACCGAGAUAUUCAUAGAGCGCGGCCAGACGAUCGCGUACGAGAACCCGGAGAUCACGCAGGAGAUGCUGACAGCUGUGGAGGAGGUGCGGAAGGCCGGUGCGGCGAUGAGUCUGGCUGCGCGCGAGUUCUCCGAGGAGCCCUGCGCGUCGUCAGUCCGCUCCAGCAUGGUGCGAGCUGCCCGCAGCCUGCUGUCGGCCGUCACCCGCCUGCUGAUACUCGCUGACAUGGUGGACGUGCACCUGCUGCUCUCCAAGCAGAGGAUGGUGAGGCUUCAUCAUCACCACCGGCUAUUGUUCCUAUCGUCCAACAUCAUCGUGUACGUGCGGCACCCGGAGCUGGCGGCCGCGAAGGCGAACCGGGACUUCGUGCUGCGCGCGGUCUGCUCCGCCGUCGACACCAUCUCGGCCGUCGCGCAGGGCCGCCCCACGCCCAACAGUGGUACCAACCGGGUGCCUGUGGAAGGGCCGGGCGAGCUGGCUCAGGCUCUCGACGACUUUGACGAGCGCAUGGUUAUGGAGCCACUGGCGUACUCCGAGCUGCGAACGAGACCCUCGCUGGAGGAGCGGCUGGAGUCCAUCAUUUCCGGCGCAGCACUUAUGGCGGACAGCUCCUGUACCAGGGACGAGCGGCGCGAGCGCAUAGUGGCGGAAUGCAACGCGGUGCGGCAGGCGCUGCAGGAGCUGCUGCACGAGUACAUGAGCAACGCGGGGCGCGCGGAGCAGUCGGAGGGGCUGGAGCGCGCGCUGGAGCACAUGUGCCGCAAGACGCGCGACCUGCGCCGCCAGCUGCGCAAGGCGGUCGUCGACCACGUGUCCGACAGCUUCCUGGAGACGAACGUGCCGCUGCUGGUGCUGCUGGAGGCGGCGCGCGGCGGCAACGAGAAAGAGGUGGAGGAGUACGCGCUGGUCUUCGGCGAGCACGCCGGCAAGCUGGUCGAGGUCGCGAACUUGGUGUGCUCCAUGUCGAACAACGAAGACGGCGUGAAGAUGGUGAGGCACGCCGCGGGGCAGAUAGAGGCUUUGUGCCCGCAGGUGGUGAACGCGUGCCGCGUGCUGGCGGCGCGCAGCCGCUCGCGCGUGGCGCAGGAGAACGCGCGGGCGUUCGCGCGCGCCUGGGAGGCGGCCGUGCGCCUGCUCACCGACGCCGUCGACGACCUCACCACCAUCGACGACUUCCUCGCCGUCAGCGAGAACCACAUCCUGGAGGACGUGAACAAGUGCGUGGUGGCGCUGCAGGAGGGCGACCCCGACUCGCUGGAGCGCACCGCCGGCGCCAUCCGCGGCCGCGCCGCGCGGGUGUGCUCGGUUGUCACGCAAGAGAUGGACAACUACGAGCCUUGCAUCUACACGAAGAGAGUGUUGGAGGCGGUGACUGUACUGCGCGAUCAAGUGAUGUCGAAGUUCGCGGUGCGCGUGGACGCGGCGGUGUCCGCGCUGGGCGGCGGCGGCGGCGGCGGCGGCCUCGACGAGAACGACUUCAUAGACGCGUCGCGGCUCGUGUACGACGCCGUGCGCGAGAUACGCCGCGCCGUGCUGAUGAACCGGGACGAAGAAGAUUUAGACCCGGAGGACGUGGAACUCGACGAGCAGUACACGCUGGAGACGCGGAGCAAAUCGAGCGCUCACACGGGUGAGCACGGUGUUGAUGAGUAUCCUGAUAUCAGCGGAAUUACUAAUGCUAGGGAAGCGAUGCGCAAGAUGACCGAGGAGGACAAGCGCAAGAUCCUCCAGCAGGUGGAGCUGUUCCGCCGCGAGAAGAUGACGUUCGACAACGAGGUCGCCAAGUGGGACGACGCCGGCAACGACAUCAUCAUGCUCGCGAAGCACAUGUGCAUGAUCAUGCUCGAGAUGACGGACUUCACCAGGGGUCGCGGCCCGCUGAAGACCACCAUGGAUGUGAUCAAUGCGGCCAAGAAGAUUUCGGAAGCCGGUACCAAGUUGGACAAGUUGACGAGGGAAAUCGCUGAACAGUGCCCCGAGUCGUCCACGAAGCAGGACCUGCUCGCGUACCUGCAGCGCAUCGCGCUCUACUGCCACCAGAUACAGAUCACCAGCAAGGUGAAGGCGGACGUGCAGAACAUUUCCGGCGAGCUCAUCAUCAGCCAGCUGGACAGCGCCACGUCGCUGAUCCAGGCGGCGAAGAACCUGAUGAACGCGGUGGUGCUCACCGUCAAGGCGUCCUACGUCGCCUCCACCAAGUACACCCGCCAGGGGACCAUCGCGUUGCACGGGUCGAGGGAGUUGGAACAUUAG